GUGUGUGUGUGUGUGUGUGUGUGUGUGUGUGUGUGUGUGUGUGUGUGUGUGUGUGUGUGUGUGUGUGUGUGUGUGUCUGUAAAACAAAGUCAAUGGCGUACAUGACAGCGCCAGCCAUCAGAUGUUAAUUGCCAGCGUCCUCCAGAACACACACCCUUAGCCUAAACAGCCCAAGACGCUCCAUAUAAACCCACCCAGAGGUCUAAGGCUACAAAUACUCAGCAAAGUCACCGCACUGGCCUCAGAACACACCCUGCAGCCAAUCCAGCCCCAGCAGACCGAGAAGGCCUUCCACUGCCACGGAAACCUCCCCCGCAGACCCCAAGAAGACUGAAGAUGCUCUGCAGAUGUGCGGUGCCGUUGCUGGUGUUUCACUUGCUGGUGACGGAGAUGUCGGCUUUUGUGUUACCUAAAGCCACCAGAGCCAAAAGGGAGGUCAGCCUGCUGAACCCAGACUUCCCCCACGUGGAGGCGAAUCCCGGGGACCUGUCUCCCGGGGACGACCCCUGGGAUCUGGAGGGUCAUCGUACACAUGCGGGCAUCGUCCUCCUGCCCCGGCUGGACCUGCCUCCGACCUCCCACCAAGACCCCCCGCACAGCCACAGGAGGAGCCAGGAGAAGAGGAGGAAGCUGGCUCCUAUGGACUCCAUUGGCAGUUCUCUAAUGUCCGGUAACCGAAACCGGAAGGAAGCGUCAAGUAACCAUUGGGAAGAAUACAGUUAAUAAGGAUGUCAACCAUUGCCUUCUUUGCUGCUGGCUUCAACAAACAUCUACACCAAUCUGAAUCCUACAUAAUGGACUUUUUUUCAAUCACUUAUCCUUCCUGAUUUUGCAGAUUAUCAAUAUUGAUUUAACCGACGUCAACAAUAUACGUAGAAUGUCACCCUCUAGUGGCAAGACCAAAAUAUGACAAGCACUUCACUGUGUGCAUGAUGGAAAUUGCGUAAAUAAAAAUACUUUUAACUGAUUAAUACCCAGUCUUAAUAAAAAACAUAAAACCAAAUCAAAUGAUGUUUCCCCAAAACGACCUUUUAUUUGUCAAGCUACAAUUAAAGAAAACAAAAUCAGAAUGCAGAAAAUAUAGUAUUUGCUUGGCUAUUUUCUCUUCACUUUCACAUAUGUACAGUUGUCAAAGAACAGGAUAUGUACAUAAAUUUGAAGGAGGAGUAUGAAGAGUGCAAAUUCUACUGGGGACUAACCAAGACUCUCCCACUGGGAAAAGGAAAUGCAAAUGGUAAAUGGUAAAAACAAAAACAGAAAAAAAAAAA